UGUACAUGUUCCUUUUCCGUUUUUAUAUAUUCUUUCCUUAUAGCAAAACGUCUGUCACUACUAGGUCACUAGGGGAAGAGAAAAAGAAAAGAAGAAAUUCGUCUUCUCCUUUUUUUAUCCGUUUACACACUUUUUUUUAUAGGCAUAUGUUCAUACACUCUCUUCUUUUUAAAAUCAAUAAUACUCGCAACAAAGCACCAAAAAUCGCGUUUUUUAGAUCAUCUUAGCGUGCCAGCCGGCAUUUAAAAUUUUUUUAGUAUACGUAAUAAAUUGAGGCUUAAUUUGGAAAUUUUCUACACGUGUAUUGAUGGAGAACCCUAAAAAUAUUUCCCAGUCUUUCCCUUUGUUUGAGGUGAAGGUUUAAAUUUCAAUGACCAAGUAUCGACAAAUUCCUAUUUAAAUUUUUUUUCUUAAAAAGCAACAGGAAUUCCCGGAUUUUUUCCGUUUUUGUCAAACACAGUGCCGGAAAAAAAGGCGCGCCGAAAUUUGCG